AUGAAUUUUAAUUUAAAGGCAGCCGGUACCCUUCUUUCCCGAGCAAAACAGUUCACUGAAGAAAAACUUGGUCAAGCCACCGACCGAACUGAAUACGAUGAAAACUUCGGACAGUUGCUAGCUGGAGCUGAUCGCAGCAAAGCAUGGACGGAACGCUUGAUCUCUCAUGUCGAAACUGUUCUACAACCGAAUCCUAAUGAACGUUUAGAAGACUUUAUACUAACAAAACUUGAUCAGAAGACAACUCAUAAGCCGAACAUAUUUGAACAACUGGGACAAUGUAUGACCGAUGCCGGGAAUGACUUCGGAACUUCGACACAAUAUGGUUCAACAUUGAUCAAAUGUGGACAAACGCAUCAAAAACUCGGACUGGCUUACAAGGAUUUCAUUCAAUCGAGUGCAAUGGGUUACAUUCAACCUCUACGAAGUUAUUUAGAAGGUGAAAUGAAAUCGAUUACAAAAGAACGACGAACAUUAGAAAUGAAGCGUCUUGAUCUCGAUGCUGCAAGAUGUAAGCAAAAGAAGAAUAAAAUGCUUAAUAAUACAUCGUCAACGUUGGCAGAUAGUUCGGAUGUGGAAGUUCGCAAUGCACAAGCCGAGUUCGAUCGACAGUAUCAUAUUACACAUUUGAUGUUGGGUGGGUUACAGAAUUCUCAAAAUCAUCAUCUAGGUUGUUUAUAUGACUUAAUUGAAUCAGAAGUGCAAUAUCACCGAAAAUCUUUACAAAUUCUUGAAGAAUUACAUAAAAAACUAGGCUUGGCAAAAUCGGUAUCGAGUGCGCCGACAUCACCUCGUACACGUACGGGAACUGUCAGAUUUGAUUAUGAUGCAUCCGAUUCCAAUGAACUCAGCGUCCUCGCCAAAGAAACAGUGAAUAUCGUCUCCGAUGGCGACAAUGCGGAAUGGAUCACUGUCGAGAAGUCAACAACAAAACAACGUGGACGUAUACCGCGUAACUAUGUACAAUUCGAUGCAUCCUAA